UGGUAAAAGUGGGGAUUUGUGUAUAUGUACGUCGCGUGCGCAUGUGUGUGCGUUGUGUUUUGUACAACACAGAUGUUUUGCCGUUUUACAGCACAGCAUUGACCCGAUCAUAUGUAGUUCUUCUUUUUUUUGCGUUGUAUGUAUUCGAUUCAGUGAAUUGAAGUGUUCGCAUUCACACAACACCAAUCCGUGUAUUUCUUUUUGUCGUUGUUGUUUGGUUCAGUUGUUGUUACAUGAUAUUAUUUUUGUGCGAUUUGUGAUCGAAGUCGAUCGCGACGACACUAAAAUAAGUCGUUUAUUUACACUCGAUCGUGACUUAUUAUAUUACUGCAUUGAACAAAGAAAACUGACCAUACCGAGUGCAUUACUUUCGACUAAUUGUGCGGUUAUUUAAUCGAAAGACGAAAACAAUUUGUUUCGAAAAUUUACUCAAACGAUUUAUUUAAAUUGAUGGUGCUUUGACCUACGAGAAUGGAGCGGUCAUUGGAAAACCUAGCCCAAUGGAUGACACUACUGCCCGAGCCAAUCAAACAUAUUCCAAUUAUUAAUUUAGCCAUUCCAGGAAGUCAUGAUUCAAUGUCGUAUGGCAUCAGUCGAAUGGCUAAAGUAGCGCCUGACGCAGAACCUGUCGUCAAUCAUCUGUACAAAGUUCUACCGUGCGUUGUUCGACGAUGGGCUAUCACUCAGAAGCUUAAUGCGCUGGAGCAACUCAAUAAUGGCAUUCGAUAUUUAGACUUGCGGAUAUGCAUGCAACCGAAAAAUUUCAACUUCUAUUUCGUUCAUGGGUUGUACUGUGAAGAGAUAACCGAACCAUUGCGAGAGAUUCGAAAAUUCAUGGACGAGCACCCAAAUGAGUUUAUUAUCAUUGAUUGCCAACAUUUUUAUAAUUUUUCCAAUGGUGACUACGAUCGCCUGAAUAAAAUCCUCUUCAAAAUAUUCCAAGAUAAAUUCUUUACGCAAACAACUGGCCCACUGACAAAGGUGACAAUAGAUUGGGCCAAUUCACUGAAGAAGCAAUUGCUGGUAGUGUAUCGAUACUCGCAAGUACCUAAGGAAUUUUGGCCAGGCGAUUGUUGGCCAACACCAUGGCCAAAUCAAAUCAAUGUAAAGAAGCUUGAAGCCGUUUUGGACACAAAUAUCAAGUAUCGAUCUGCAAAUACUGGUUAUGUGAGCCAAUGUGUUCUUACGCCACCCGUUAAAUUUAUUGUACCAAGAUUUUAUUCAUCAUUGAAGAAAAAAUGCGCCGUAAAAGUGUGUAAAAAGUUGACCGAUUGGAUCAAAGUACAACGGCCAGGUCCAUUUUCGUUGAACGCAAAUCAACCGACCUCGAAUGUAUUCAUCGCCGAUUUUAUCGAAUUGAAAAACUUCCAAUUUUGUCGCACCGUUAUCGCUCUCAAUGGCAAAAUAUUCAAUGAUUUAAUUACGAAAAGUGAUAGCCUACCCAUGAGUUGUAACAAGGGCAGCGAUGCAAAAGACCUGAAUGACCAACAACACGAUGAUAAGAAGGAUUACAACGAAAGCAAUAACACAACAACUAUUGAAUCGUGAUGUUUUUUUUUCUAAUUGAACAUUACAAGAUACCCCCACAUAGGGCCUAAUGUUUUUUUUUUCUUUGAUAGAACGAUUUUUGUUCUCUAAGUUUUUUGUACAAAAAUCAUAUCAAUCGCACCAAUUUUAUACAGUUUUGUGAUAAGUGUAUCAGUUUAUUGAAAUUCCUUUUUUUGUCUAAGAAUAAAUUGAUUGAAAUUAUACAUCAUUAUCAA